ACAGACUUCAGGACUAUCGCAAACUUUAGCAUUGGAAUCAUCUGGAAAUCUCUAUGGAACUUUCGUCCACUGUGGUUGAUCCAACUUCAUCAGUGAAGUUGGAUUGGACUGGACACACAAUUCCAAGUAGGCGGAUCUGCUGGGACACCAGGACCCGCACAUAUGCACGGAAGGUACAACGGGAGUUGUUGAGACAACUGAUCAAUCUACUGCGGCAACUGUGGGUGACAGAUCGUCAGGAGAGCAUAUCAUCUGCAGCCCAGAGAGUCAGCAAGGCUGCCAAAGACACUAUACGACGCAAUAAAACAGAUCUUCAAAGCAUCCUGUCAGCAGACCGCCAGCUGAUCCUUGACAAAAUUUAUGAAAAAGAUCUGAUAACAGAUAGAGACUACAAAAACCUCAAAAACAUUUGCAAAGAAACUGAUGAAGGGCAUGUUAUUCAGCUGGUAGAUAAGAUCAUGGAUAAAGGAGAGAACACCUGCAAAGAGUUCCUCAACCUCCUACAGACGGAUGAAAGGAUUAAAAUUACUUACCCAGGUUUACAGGACAUAGAGUUGAAUUAUACCAGGCCUCUGUCUGUGCCAACCCAAGAAACUUCAACAUCUUCUAAUAGAGGUAGGAGACCACGGAAACCAUCAGUGAAGAAGAAUGACAAAAAAACAGUCAAAAGGAAAAGGACAGCGGAAAAUCCCAAGAGACCAGCUGCCGAGAGGGUAACAGUGGACAAGGACAGUCCUUGGCAGUCCUUGGCAGUCAAGUGGCCGAAGCCAAAGAUGGUCAAGGAGCCAAAGGUGGUGAAGGAGAAGGAGCCGGAGCCAAAGCCAAAGAUGGUGAAGGAGCCGGAGCCAAAGCCAAAGGCGGCUAAGGAUUAUACUUUUUUUUCAAAUGAUUAUAACUCCUACUCUAUAACUCUCCUACUCGACUAUUUUUUUGGUCCCUUGAAUUAUAUGUAUAUGAUACCUAAGCAUAGAAUAAAACCAGUUGUCCUCGAUAUAAGCAAUGACACUGAGAAAAGAGGUAGAUGGAAAUUGAAUGCGUCACUACUAUAUAAUGAGGUUUUUAUAGAAUAUGCAUCCACUGCAAUUGACGAUAGCCCCCUCAUCGAAGCAACCCCCCCUGAUUUUACAUACCUUCAUCAACCCCAGCUGACAGGCAGGGGAGGGGGGGUUAAUGUUAUUUUCAGAAAGGCUUUUAAAUGCUCCCCCAUCUCUCAGAGUAAUUUUAUGUCAUUUGAACAUCUUGGUUUUACAAUUGAUUUUAAACACCCAGUUUUAAUUUUAAUUAUCUACAGACCACCCAGGCCAAACAAUGGUUUUAUCCAAGAGCUUGCCAAGUUACUAUCUGGUUUUAUUUCAAAGCUUGACAAAAUUCUUAUUUUAGGUGAUUGUAACAUACAUGUGUGCUGUCCUUCUCAGAUAAUCAGCAUGUCUGCCACAGACGCUGUGCAAAGCAAGAAAACAGCGAUACAAAGCAUCCUGUCAGCGGACCGCCAGCUGAUCCUUGACAAAGUUCUUGAAAAAAAUCUGAUCACACUGAGAGACUACAAAAACCUCAAAACAUUUGCAAAGAAACUAAUGAAGGGCAUGUUAUUCGGCUGGUAG